AUGCCAGGAGAGAAAAAAGCUGCCACUAAGCGCGGCGGCAAGGCAACUGCAGCCGCUCCAGUGCCUUUAGAUAUCGUCCUUGAGGAUUCCAUCAAUAUUACGGACAAGGAUUUGGCAUUUGAAGAGGAACUUCUGCGAAAUCCUUAUUCGCUACGCCACUGGCUGCGUUACUUGGAUCACCAUGCGAGCUCGCCCAUUGCACAGCAGUUUGUUGUUUAUGAGAGGGCUGUCAAGGAGCUGCCAGGAUCAUACAAGCUGUGGAAAGCCUAUCUGGACCAACGGCGGCAGCAUCUCGCCAAGCGCGAUCAACCCUUUGUGAAAGCUCAGGAGGAGUGGGAGAGCGUGGCCGAUUGUUAUGAGAGGGCCCUGGUGCUGCUUCACAAGAUGCCUAGGAUCUGGAUUGACUAUUUGGAGCACCUCAUGGUGACACCCCGGAUUACAAAGACAAGGAGGACAUUUGAUAAGGCACUGAGGGCUCUCCCAAUUACUCAGCAUAUCCGGAUCUGGACGUUGUAUCUAGGCUGGGCUAAAAAAAUUGGUGGCGAGACGGCGUUGAAAGUAUACAAGCGGUACCUGAAGCUGGAACCGAAUCACGGAGAGGACUAUGUCGAUCUGUUGGUCUCAUUGGAGCGCUACGACGAGGCGGCUUCUCGACUUUGCAAGAUGAUUAACAACGAAAACUUCCAAUCCAUGCACGGCAAAUCUCAUUAUCAGCUAUGGCGUCAGCUUUGUGAUAUCAUCUGCAGCCAUCCUAAGGACAUCAAGUCGCUGCCUAUUGAAAGGAUCAUUCGCAGCGGCAUCAAGCGGUUUACAGACCAGACUGGACGCCUCUGGAACGACCUCGCCAAAUACUGGAUCCUGCUUAACCACUUCGAGAAGGCGAGAGACGUAUAUGAGGAGGCGAUUACAUCUGUCAUGACUGUUCGCGAUUUCACCCAAGUCUUUGAUGCCUAUGCUGAGUUCGAGGAGUCCGUUAUCAGUGCAAAGAUGGAGGCAGCGGAAGUAGCGGAGGCAGAGGGCGAAGAGGUCGAUCAAAUGGAACUCGAUAUGCGCCUGAUGAGACUGGAACGCCUCAUGGAAAGGCGCCCAUUCCUGGUCAACGAGGUCUUACUGCGACAGAAUCCCAACAGUGUUCAUGAGUGGCAGAAGCGGGUGGAGCUAUGGGGUGACAACGCGCCAAAGGUCGUCGAAACUUACACCAAGGCUGUGACAACAAUUCACCCCAAGAAGGCGGACGGCAAAUUCAACAGCCUGUGGGUCAACUUUGCCAAGUUUUAUGAGCAAGGCAAUGACAUCGUAUCAGCAAGGACGAUUUUUGAGAAGGCGACCAAAGUCAAUUACAAGACUGUCAAUGAUCUUGCGGAUGUCUGGUGCGAAUAUGCCGAGAUGGAGCUGCGAAACGAGAAUUACGAUGCGGCACUGCAGGUCAUGGGGCGCGCCACGAUACCAUCCAAGCAAAAGAACAUUGCGUUCCACGAUGAGACCCUGCCCGUUCAAAUCCGCGUUUACAAAUCAUUACGGUUGUGGUCAUUCUAUGUGGACUUGGAAGAAUCCAUUGGCACAGUCGAAUCCACAAAGGCAGUAUAUGAUAAAAUUCUGGAGCUCAAAAUCGCCAACCCUCAGAUCAUUGUCAAUUAUGCCAAUUUUCUGGAAGAGAACAAGUUCUUUGAGGAGAGUUACAAGGUGUACGAGCGCGGCAUCGAUCUUUUUGGAUACCCAAUUGCGUUCGAACUCUGGAAUACCUAUCUGCUGAAGUUCAUCGAGCGAUAUGGCGGGACAAAACUUGAGCGCACAAGGGAUCUGUUCGAGCAGGCUUUAGAAAAAGUGCCAGCCAAGUACGCCAAACCCUUAUAUCUCAUGUAUGGUAAUCUGGAGGAGACCCAUGGACUCGCUCGCCAUGCGAUGAGCAUUUACGACAGGGCAACUAAGGCUGUCGCAGCAGAGGAUCGCGCAGACAUGUAUCACUUUUACAUUGCCAAGGCCGCAACCAUGUUUGGUGUCACCUCUACUCGUGAGAUCUACGAGCGCGCCAUCGAGGUCUUGCCGGACAAGGAUGCUCGUGUUAUGUGCAUGCGCUUCGCAGAUAUGGAGCGAAAGCUGGGCGAAAUCGAUCGUGCCAGAGGCAUCUUUGCACAUGGAAGUCAGUUCUGUGACCCAAGAAUUGCGCCAGAUUACUGGCAGGCGUGGCACGAUUUCGAGGUCCAGCACGGAAACGAGGACACGUUCAAGGAGAUGUUGCGCAUCAAGCGCAGUGUCCAGGUCAAAUUCAACACGGACGUCAGCUAUAUCACUGCUCAAAUGCUCCAGACGCAAGAGAAGAUCAAGGCUGCGGCUGGGUCUGGUUCUGGUUCUGGCGACGCCAUGCAGACGUUGGAUCGCAUGAUCACCGGCGGUGUUGGAGAGAUGACCUUUGUUAAGUCGAAAGCACAUUCCGUGCAGGUUACGCACGGUGAGGGAGCAGAGAACACGGCAUCGAUGGAACCGGCAGCACCGGCUAACCCAGACGAGAUUGCAAUUGAUGACGACGAGGAUCUUUAA